ACACAUAAAAUUAUAAAAAAAACCUCCACUUUGGUUGUGAGUUGCAAUCAACAGUAUCGAAUCAUUUUCAUUCUGCGAACGAUUAUCGUUGUACAAACGUGAUAUUUGUAAUUUAUAAAGUGAUCUCUAAAUCAAGCCAUUGGUGACGGCAAUCAACUGUCUACUUUGACGAAAUGCAAAUUGCACUCGACUCGGUGGUUGUUGCCUAGUGCGCGAAAAUAGUGUCUCCUUUUUUGUGUGUAUGAUUAAUGUGUUGUAGUCGUCGAUUUUGUGUAUGUGUGUGUGUGCGUGUGUGUUUUAUUGUGUCUGUAUUGGUGUUCGUACAUCGGUGUUGUUGUAUUUGCGCGCUUGGCAAUAGAGCAAGAAAGCAUGCAAAGUAGAAAGAGUGCGUGAAUCAGUUCGAUUUAUGUAAUUAUUUUGUCUAUAGUGAUUCGAUGUGUGAUUAUGACUAUUUUAUGCAUCGUCGAACUGUCUGACAGAGAAUUUAUCGGGUGAUUUUAAUACAAUCAACAAAAAUAGAAAUAAACAUUAGCCAUUUCGUCCGCCAUAAUCGUCGUCCGCGUCUUCAUCGUCACCAACGUCGAUAAUAGCAAAACAUAUUGAAAUCAACUCGUCACCUGUCCGAUCGUUUAAUGAUGACGUGAAAAAUGAUUUGUUUUUUUUUCUCUCUCUCUUUCUCCUUCUCUCUAUCGCAAUCCAGGCUCAUCAAUCACCAAUUUAAUGCUGUUUAAACUAAAGCAUUGCAUUUAUUUAAAUUGAAACGAGUGAAAAAAAAAUAACGGAACGAGCGAAGAAGAAAAAAAGAAGCACGUGACACACAACGUAAAUACACGCCAAGAAUAAGUGACAAAUCGACCGAAACAGCAUCGAACGAGAUUUAUUCCCGACACACCGAUUGAGAAUGAAUAUGAAAAAAUUCGAUAAAAUUACGAAGAAAACUUUUUAUUUCGAUUAAAUGUCAAUUUGAAUUCCGAAGUCUUUGGGGUUUUGUUGACAAUUUAUUUAUUUUUGCUUUGCAUCUGCGAGAUACAUUUACACAUAAAACACACAUACAAAAAAAAACAGAUAGAAAUAACGAAAGAAAGACGCCGCCGAGGCCGAAGAACGAGAUAAGAAGAUAAAAAAAAACAAACAAACAAAACAUAAGAAAAAAAAAACGGGUAAAGGUAACGCGCCACCACGCGGACAAUAAUACACUAGGAAGUGUAUUAGUUGUUUCUCUACGAAAAAAAAAACAAAGCAAUAACAAUAACGAAUUUCGAAUAAAUCCGAAAUAAGUAAUCGACCGACCCAAAAUGAACAAGAGACAAACGAUGAUGGGUUCAGUGAAAUGGCGAAUGUGGGCGAUAGCGGUAAUCGUGAUUUUGUUUGGAGUUUUUGCAAACCAAUUGAUGGUUUCAGCAUCCCCAAAUAUACGUCGGCGACACAGUACACCACCAAGACUGAUUGCCGAAGACGAAAGAGACAAAAGAGGAGCUGAAUGUCUGUUUGGGAAAACGUUGCGUGAAUUAGGCUCAAAAUGGUAUGCCGACCUGGGACCACCGUUCGGCGUUAUGUAUUGUAUUGAAUGUUCAUGUAUUCCGGUAACAAAACGACGACGAAUUGUGGCUCGAGUCCAAUGCAGAAACAUAAAAAACGAAUGUCCAAAACUUGAUUGUGACGAACCUUUGCAGUUGCCAGGGAAAUGUUGCAAAGUGUGUCCGGGUAAAGCAAACGAACAACAAGAACUAGCACAAGAUGUACCAGUGCUGCAAACACAAGAAGAGGAAGAAAAAAAUAUGAAACAUUUUGGUGCUCUGUUAACCACACGCACAUCGUAUUUCUUGAAUCGUGAGGAAAUUAAAACGCCUUACGUUACUAACAACCCAUUAAAUAUUAUUGCAACCGGUCGUUUUACGUUCCACAAGAAGAAUUUGUAUUUCUCAUUUUAUGUAUCGGAACGAGCAAGCCGUCCACGUGCCAUUCAAUUCAUCGAUGAAACUGGUCAUAUUCUCGAAGAAAUCAUUUUGGUACAAUCGAGCAAUAUAUUCAGCGUCUAUCAGAAUGCAACCGGAAAAGUUUGCGGCGUAUGGAGACGCGUUCCACGCGAAUAUCGACGUCAAUUGCGCGACGAAGAGAUGAAUGUUGUGUUGUUAUGGGGUUCAAAAUUACAUGCUGAACUCGCAUUGGCUGGCAAAAUUUCAAAGUAUCCAGCAUUAUCAAGUGAAUUGUUUACAUCGUUGCUUGAGGCACCAUCUGACAAAGGUGUUGUUCUGAAAGAGCUAAAUGGAGCCGGUGGAACGGCUGUUGUGUCAACAAGCAGCGGUGCAACAUCAUCGAUUCAUUUAACAUUAGUUUUGAAUGGUUUAUUCCUUAAUGAGAGUGCCGAUGUUCCGCUAAAUGUUCGCCUCGAAAUAGCCGAUAAAAAGCAAAAAGUUCUUCAAGAUACGGUCGUUGUAAAAAAAUCCAAUUAUGACUAUAAUGUUAUUGAAUUCUCAUCGCCGGUAACGACACAAGAUUUACGAUCAUUGACUCGCGGUAAAUUGAAUUUGAUUGUGGAAUCACGACGACGACCAGAAAUUCAUAUUCAAGGAUCGAUUUUAACGCGAGCAACAUGCGAGAUUUAUCAAACAGUUUUAGCACCAACAACAACCGAAUCGAAAACAACGACCAGCGGAUUAGCAUGGGCUUAUAUGAAUCGUGACGGUGCUCUUGUUUACAACAUUUACACGGACGAUUUGAAAUUGCAAGAGAGCCCGCUCAUCACAUUGGUUGACGAUAGCGUUAAGCGUAAAACUGAUUUAGAAGAUUUGACACCAUCGCUGAGUUUUAACAAUGCAAUCGGUGUACUUGAUCGAAUGGGUCCACGAGUUUUGGAACCAUUGUAUGCAAACAAUUUAGCCAUUAAUAUUGCCACGGAAAAUGAACAGAAUUUAAUACGAGGACGAUUGAUUGGAAGACAAUUAGCCGAUGCACGUGACUCAGAAGAACCAAUCAUUUUAAAACGUUUGGACUCGAAUGCACCGGCACAUCUAGUUGGUAUGGCAUGGGUUGCUGUUGAUAACGAAUGUACACUUCACUAUGAAAUCACAUUGAACAGUUAUAAUGCACAACAGGGCCUUGAAUUAUACUUGGAGGAGAAACCACUUGAGGCCAUUAAUGCACCAGUUACGACAAAAAUUUUAGAAGAAUUCAAAGGCGAGUAUUUGGAAGGUUUCGUGAUGGGAAUGUCAGCAUAUGAACUAUCAAAAUUGGAGACAAGCGUGUGUUAUUUACAAGUUAAAGCUAAAGAGAGUGGCACACAUUUAUUGAAGGGUAAAUUGAGAUCGGUUAAAAUUCCAAUUCAAUGCACAAUGCCCGGAAUCGAUACGAAUCGAGUUGGUGAUUUAGGCCCAAAUGAUCAUACCGAUAAUAAUGUACCAACCGAUCCAAAAUGCUAUCAUUCGGGCCGAUUUUAUGACGAAGGCGAACAAUGGCAAAAUGGUUUGGAAACGUGCAGCAUGUGCGCUUGUAUUUACGGUCGAGUGAAGUGCGAUAAACUAGAAUGUCCGCCGUUGGAUUGCAAAGAGGGUGAAUUACGACCACCGCGCAAGGGUGAAUGUUGCCCAUCUUGUUCACCGAAAGAAAUGGAUAUCAAUUCGAAUGUAACACGUGGUUGUCGUUUGGGUGAUCAAUUCCAUGCAGCUGGGUCAUCAUGGUAUCCAUAUCUUCCACCAAAUGGAUUUGAUCGAUGCGCCACUUGCACAUGCAAUCCAAUCACACUGGAAGUUAAAUGUCCACGCGUACAAUGCCCCCCGCUUGCAUGCUCAGACAAAAUUGCAUAUCGUCCGAAUAAAAGCGCUUGUUGCCGGAAAUGCCCCGAGGUGAAAGAAGCACCAGUGGAGAAGAAGGCACACGAUCCCGAAUUGAUGGGUGAUCAAGGCACAAAGAAAGGUACAAUCAAAUCGGUCGAAGAAAUUUUAUCACAUGGAGGUUGCAAGAUGACAAACAACUUCUAUGAAAAUGGACAUGAAUGGCACCCAACAAUUCCGUCGCACGGCGAACAAAAAUGCGUUAAAUGCAGAUGUAAAGAUUCAAUCAUAAAAUGUGAUCGCAAGCGUUGUGCUCGUGCAGCCUGCAACAAAAGUGCGGCACGAAAUCGUCUAAAUGGACUAACACCAUCACCGCUCCAUGAAAAUGCCGAUGAUUGUUGUUUAUCACAAUGUCGUUCGCGACGGCAUCAAAAGCAAAAGCAACGUCAGCAACGAGAACGACAAAUUGACCGGCAACAACAAAGAUCCCCUGGCAAUUCAAAGAGUUGAACGCGCCAAUCAAGUCAUCCAUCAUUAUAUAUGUACUAAGCCAAAUUUUUUUUUCUUCAGAAAACGAACAAACAAGCAAUUUUCACAUUAAAAAUUGAAUCAAAUCUGAACAAACUAAAUCACAGGAAUCUGCUGUAGAACAAAACGUUUAAAAAAAAUUCAAGAGACAAUUCGAUUUAGGCAACAUUUUCAUCAUCUUUUCAUUUAAGAAAUGCACACAGACACAUAAACACACACACACACAC